AUCUGCAAAAGAAAAGAAGCCCAGAUUUACCUGAUGUAGUUUAAAGCCGUGCAGAGCUGACGUGCGAACUCGAAGUACACUUAACUCUUCGCUUCCGGAGGGGAGACUCAUUCGGACAUUCAUCUGAUCUCGAACACGACGCCACUUUGCUGCCUCACCGUGCAUGCCCUCUUCUUUCCUCCUCCUCCACCCAUCUCCUCCGUCUCUGCAAUUCCCUCACGCGUCGUCGCCGUCGCCUUCACAUCCCAAACUGAUUGCCUCCUCCUCCAAACCCUCACUCCUGGCGAUGAAGGAUCGGCCUCCUUCCUCGUACGGCUCCAUCUACGUCCCUCCCCACCACCGCCUCCGCUCCGCCAUCACCACCCCCAAUUACACCUCCACUACUUCAGUCGGCUCCAAGCUCCGCGACAACCAGACUGCUGCUGCUCUCAACCAGAGGAGCAGCACCAAUGGUGCUCUGGCGUACUACCAGACUCAGCAGCAGCAGUUUCAGAAGCCCAAGCUUCAGCACUCUUCUGCUUACGACGACGGCGUUUCCGAGGAAGGCUCCGAUCGCGAAGCUGAGUUGCCGUCGCAUCCGACACAGAGUCCUUACUCAUCUGAUAAUGAGUGGGAACGGAAAUUAACCAUGCUGUUACGUGACAAGGAGAAGCAAGAGUUGGUUACAAGGGAGAAAAAGGAUAGAUGCGACUUUGAGAAAAUAGCUGCUUUGGCAAGCAGAAUGGGGCUUUAUAGCCAUCUGUAUUCGAAAGUUGCUGUGUUUAGUAAGGUCCCACUGCCAAACUACAGAUUUGACCUGGAUGAUAGGCGCCCUCAGAGAGAGGUGACCUUGCCUCUUGGGUUGCUGAGGAGAGUUGAGGGAUAUCUUGGAGAGUUCCUUUCCCAGAAGUCUAGGACAAAGGAAGAUCUUUCCUUUUCUACAUCAAACAGUAGUGGCAGCAUUGCUACUGACGAAGGGCUUUUUGAGCAACCAGAAUCAUUUGCGUCAAGUAAGGGUGUGAUGGAAAAACUUCUUUGGCGGAGAAGUAUGCAGCUGCAUGAUAAGCAACAAGCUUGGCAGGAAUCUCCCGAAGGUAGAAAAAUGCUUGAACUUCGCAGAAGUCUUCCGGCCUAUAGAGAGAAGGAUGCAUUAUUGGCAGCAAUUUCACGAGAUCAGGUUGUUAUCAUAUCAGGUGAAACUGGCUGUGGCAAGACUACUCAAAUUCCACAAUUCAUUUUAGAAUCUGAGAUAGAAGCUGUUCGUGGAGCUGUUUGUAGUAUUAUAUGUACACAGCCUAGACGAAUAUCUGCUAUGUCUGUUUCUGAAAGAGUUGCUUCAGAGAGAGGGGAGAAAUUGGGUGACUCGGUUGGGUAUAAGGUUCGGUUAGAAGGUAUGAAGGGGAGGGACACUCACCUUCUCUUUUGCACCACUGGCAUUUUGUUGAGAAGAUUACUAGUUGAUAGAAAUUUGAAAGGUAUAUCUCAUGUGAUUGUGGAUGAAAUUCAUGAACGUGGAAUGAAUGAAGAUUUUCUGCUUAUUGUUCUCAAGGAUCUCCUUCCUCUGCGACCAGAACUUAGGCUGAUUUUGAUGAGUGCAACCCUAGAUUCUGAGCUUUUCUCAUCCUACUUUGGUAGAGCUCCGAUAAUUCAUGUUCCAGGUUUUACAUAUCCAGUUCGAACUCAUUUUCUGGAGGAUGUUCUGGAAAUUACGGGAUGCAAAUUAACGCCAUACAAUCAGAUUGAUGAUUAUGGUCAAGAAAAGAUGUGGAAAAUGAGCAAACAGGCGCCAAGAAAGAGGAAAAGCCAAAUUGCUUCUGUUGUUGAGGAUGCACUUAAAGCAGCCGAUUUUAAGGAGUAUAGUCCGGAGACUCGGGAGUCUCUAGCAUGUUGGAAUCCUGAUAGUAUCGGUUUUUAUCUCAUCGAGUAUCUCUUGUGCAAUAUCUGUGAGAGUGACAAGCCUGGUGCCAUUCUAGUUUUUAUGACUGGGUGGGAUGACAUCAAUUCUCUGAAGGAAAAGUUACAUGCCAAUCCUCUAUUAGGUGAUCCAAGCCAAGUCUUGUUACUAGCAUGCCAUGGUUCUAUGGCAAGUACUGAGCAGAGGUUAAUAUUUGAUGAGCCUGAGGAUGGAGUGAGGAAGAUAGUGCUGGCUACUAAUAUUGCUGAGACAAGCAUCACGAUUAAUGAUGUUGUUUUUGUACUUGAUUGUGGAAAGGCAAAAGAGACUUCAUAUGACGCACUGAAUAAUACUCCUUGUUUGCUUCCUUCCUGGAUUUCCAAGGUUUCUGCCCAACAAAGAAGAGGAAGAGCAGGACGUGUCCAGCCCGGGGAAUGUUAUCAUCUCUAUCCUAGAUGUGUGUAUGACGCAUUUGCAGAGUAUCAGUUACCGGAGAUUUUGAGGACACCUCUGCAGUCUCUCUGUCUGCAAAUAAAAAGUUUAAACCUCGGAAGCAUUUCUGAGUUCUUAUCUAGGGCUCUGCAGUCACCAGAGUUACUUGCGGUGCAAAACGCCAUAGAGUAUUUAAAGAUCACUGGGGCCUUGGAUGAGAAAGAGAAUCUGACUGUUUUAGGACGCUAUCUAACUAUGCUUCCUGUGGAGCCAAAACUUGGAAAGAUGCUCUUGCUAGGCGCCAUUUUCAACUGCCUGGAUCCAGUUUUGACUAUUGUUUCUGGGCUUAGUGUCAGAGAUCCUUUCCUAACACCAUUUGACAAGAAAGACCUUGCUGAGGCUGCAAAAUCUCAGUUUUCCCGAGAUAAUAGUGAUCACCUUGCACUUGUGCGGGCCUAUGAGGGCUGGAAGGUUGCUGAAAGAGACUUUGCUGGAUAUGACUAUUGCUGGAAGAAUUUUCUUUCAGCACAAUCGAUGAAAGCUAUUGAUUCCCUUAGGAAGGAGUUCUUCUCUUUGCUUAGGGAUACUGAUCUUGUUGAUGCCAACACCACCACUCAUAACGCAUGGAGUUAUGAUGAGCAUCUCGUCCGUGCAGUUAUUUGCUAUGGCCUGUAUCCUGGAAUCUGCUCUGUUGUGCACAAUGAGAAGUCAUUUUCACUGAAAACAAUGGAGGAUGGGCUGGUGCUGCUAUACUCGAACUCUGUCAAUGCUAGGGAUUCUAAAAUUCCAUAUCCAUGGCUGGUUUUCAAUGAGAAGAUAAAGGUGAACUCUGUUUUCCUACGGGAUUCAACAGCUGUGUCUGACUCAGUGCUCCUCCUAUUUGGUGGAAGUUUUUCGAAAGGGGAUACAGAUGGACACUUGAAAAUGCUGGGAGGAUAUUUGGAAUUCUUCAUGAAGCCUGCUGUAGCAGAAAUGUAUCAAUGCUUAAAAGGGGAACUUGACCAGUUAAUUCAAAUCAAACUACUGAACCCCAGGAUGGACACACAUAGUUACCAUGAACUUCUUUCUGCAAUGCGGUUGCUGCUUUCGGAGGAUCAAGGCGAAGGUAGAUUUGUAUUUGGCCGCCAGGUCCUUGCACUCUCAAAGUCAAAGCCAUCUGUGGUGGCAGCACAGCCAGCCUUAGUUUCAAGAACUGAAAGUGGACCUGGGGGUGACAAUUCUAAGAGUCAGCUCCAGACAUUGCUCACACGAGCAGGAUACAACGCACCUACCUACAAAACUAUGCAACUGAAGAAUAGCCAGUUCCGAGCUACAGUGGAGUUUAACGGAAUGCAAAUUAUGGGCCACCCGUGUAACAACAAGAAGAGUGCAGAAAAAGAUGCGGCAGCGGAGGCCAUUCAGUGGCUGGUGAGUGGAACACAAAUGGGCCAUGAGGACAUCAAACACAUGUCAAUGAUGUUAAAGAGAAGCAAAAAGGACCACAAUUAAAUAAACUAUUUGCCGAUUUUCCCUCUCGAAAAAGGACUCUAUGAGAGGGCGGUGAGCACAACUUGUGGUGCUUGCUUCGGAGAGACUUAGAAUCAAUGUGGUCGCAAUGUCCAACUUGCUACCUGCCGCAGAAAACAGUGAAGGUCGGGCAGCAUUAUCACCACAUAAAAGCCAGCAGAUCUGGCCUUGUAUCUACAUUUUUUUACACCCACAUUUGAUCAGACAUCACCAACAAUAGUUUCCGAGAUGCCAAACUUGUGGUUGGUUUUGGCUUGGUGGAUCAUCUGUCACGGGACACAAAGCUACAUCGAGCUAAAGUUGACGAGAUGGAAAUCGACAUGUUUUGGCCAUUUCAGUUGUUGCAUUUGGAUCAAGACACUGAUGAUGACCAAAAGAGCUUAUCAAAGACGGGUGCAAUUGUAGUUGAACAGUACUUAGAAAGCGUCAAGGGGAAAUAUACACAACGCAUUCACACAAGUAAAAAAAGUGAUUACGCACGCCAUCGCCGGAUCGGAUUUUCACUUUGCUGUAACAUAUUAUUCUUCUGGAUAGCUUGCCAAGGCUAAUGUACUGUAAUCGUAACUUUCUUUUCAUCCCUCUUGUUAAUAACCAGCUCCUUGUUAAAAAAAAAAAAAAAAAAAAAAAAUUCCAUAA